UGCGGGGCGAACAGGAGGGCAGGCUGUACAAUACAAGCUCUGGGACACAGAUCUACCUGGGAAUCAAGAUUUCUGUUCCUCUGGGACCUCCUGUGUCUUCCUGUGGAUACCUGAGUCUUACAGCCAUGCCUAUCACAACUCCUGCCCCUCCCAACAAGAGGAAGAAGGCCAACAAGAUCAUCACUGACCUGUCCAACGUCAGCCAGAAUGAUGAUGAGUCGGACCCCGAAGGUGCUGAGCUCGACCUGGGCACCAAGAUCAAGACUCCCAAGGACGUGAUGCUGGAGGAGCUCUCCCUGAUGAAGAACAAGGGGUCCAAGAUGUUCAGGAUGAGGCAGCAGAGAGUUGACAAGUUCAUCGUGACCAACGAGAACAUGCAGAACCUGGAAAACCUCCUGAUGUGUCCUCCUCCAAUUCCACCAAAGCCUGAGAUGCCAAAGGAGGAAGUGGUGGAAGAGACGGUGGAUGAGAUGGCAGAGAGGCUGAAGAGGAGGAGGGAGUAUGUACGUACCUACGUAUCACCAUGGGAACGAGCCAUGAAGGGCAACGAGGAGUUGACAUCCACCAUGAAGGCUUCCAUGCCGGGACCCAUCCAGAGCCACGCAGAACUGCCGCAGUACAAGAGCUUCAACAGGAUGGCGCUGCCGUACGGCGGCCACGACAAGGCGUCCAAGAUGCUGACCUUCGAGCUCCCGGAGAUCAGCAUCGUGGAGGAGCCGGAGCCUCUGCCCAGCCUGCAGGCCGACAUCCGCUCGCGCCCCUCGUUCAACCGCACGCCCAUCGGCUGGGUCUGCAGCGAGGAGAACUCAAACAUCCACAUGGACCUGGACAACAUCCCCUUUGACGGCGAGACAGACGACCUGUGAACACACAUGCAGACGGAAGCAUAUUUACAGAACACGUAGCCUAGAACCGACACCAACCACGUUAAGAGAUGCACUGAAACCCACAAACACACACAUUCAGCAAGAACGCAUGAGUGUAAUAGAUCAUCAUUUACACCAUGUACACUGAUGAGGCGCCUCAGACACACACUGAAAUGUACUUUAAUUGCAUGUAAUGAACAUAAAAAUGAUUUAAAAAUGCCUUUAUGAUAAAGGACAAACUCUCUCUUCUGGUCUCCAGUGGGCUUUCUUACUGUUACAUCCCCAACUAUGAGUCUUACUAUGAUUUUGCAUACUGUGAGAUAACGUGAGACCUGUGUGAGUAGAACUAGAAAAGCACUCCGCACUCUUAGAACAAUGUAUUUAUGCAAUAAACUUCCCCUUUACAGAA